CCCAUUUCCAUUCUUUCGUUCUUCCUCUGUAAAAUAAAAUACCAAACAACUCCAUUGAAGUACCAAAAGCACAAUGGCCGUUUGUUCUGAUUAAGAAUGUAGAGUAAUUUGAUUCACAGGUGAAACAUGCACAAGUGAACAUUCAAGACUCGGAACAUUUACACAACAUUAGCAUUUCUGAGGUUUAAGAAGGAUUUAUGGACAUUCGGGGAUUGAUGAUGGACAAGAAAUUAGUGAUAUGUAUUCAGCAGAGAACUAGGCUUCAAGCAUGAAGCUAAAUUUUCUCAGUUCUUGAAGAAAGAGAAAGGAAAAUAACAAAAUCGAGAAGAACAGAGAUAUUCUGACCCACUUGAACAUAUCCGCCAGCGGAGAAAAAUGUCGGAGUAUUUGCCACAGGAAUUGAUGCUUGACAUCUUCACAAGACUACCCAUUAAGUCAAUACUUCGAUGCACAAGUUUGUGCAAGUCAUGGUACUCUCUUCUUACUAGCUCAAAUUUUAUCUCCAUGCAUCUCAACCGAAAACAAGAUGAGCACAUCCUAGUUCGACAUUUCUCUAGAAACCCCGAAAAAGAAAUAUAUAGUUUAUUCUGUGACAAUGAGAAUUUGGAUCAGUAUGCCCAGUAUGAUUUGCCAUUUAACUGCAGUAACUUUUUCUUUAAUAUUGUGGGUAGUUGUAAUGGGAUUUUCUGCCUUAACGAUGAGAUGAGCUUUUGUAGUGCUUUCUAUCUUUGGAACCCGUCUAUCAGAAAGUCCGUAAAACUCCCAAAUCCUACAUUUAGGGCAGACGGUAGUUUUGAUCCUACGCUGGGGUUUGGAUUCGAUCCUGUUACGAACGACUACAAGGUGGUAAAAGUAUUACACACUACUUAUGGUAUGCCACCUACUGUUGAGCUUUAUAAGCUCAGCACAGGUGUUUGGAAAGACAUUAGUCAUGUAGCUCUGUCUCAUGUAUUCUUUUCCCGUGCACCGCGGGUGUACCUGAAUAGAGCUUCCCAUUGGGUUGCUUCCAGGUGGGAAGAAGGAUCAAUUCGGAGUGUGAUUGUUUCGUUUGAUAUGCAUGAUGAGACAUUCUCGGUGAUAAUGUUACCUAGUUUAGUUAGUGAGAUAAAGCAAUAUUGUGAAGGAACAAACCUUUUUGUGUUAGAUGAGUCACUUUGUUUGGUUAAUUAUAACUAUGAUGGCACAAUUGAUAUGUGGAUGAUGAAAGAGUAUGGUGAAGCAGAAUCAUGGGUGAAACAAUACAACAUUAGUUCUCGUCGCAUUCCAUAUCAGCCCGAGGUUAGUCAUUACUUGAUAAAGCUAAUAGCUACAAGAAAAAAUGGUGAAAUGUUGUGGGCAGAAAACGAUGGACUAUUGUUGUCAGUUGAUCAUGCAAAUCAAAAGAUAAAGGAUCUUGGCGUUCGUGACUCUAUAAAUACCAAUUACCUGUCUCACUAUUCACUUUAUGUUAAUUCUUACAAAGAGAGUCUUGUUUUACUUGAUAAAUGGAGAGAUUAUUGUGCUGAAGACGCUUGUGAAGAGUCAUUCAAUUCACGAAAGAGAGAGCUCAAACGUGGGAGAAAGAAGUUGUUAAAGACAAACACCAAAAGGAGGCUAUGGGUUGUAUCUCUCUUGCACAUCAGUGGACUGCUGUAUCUGUCAAAAACGAAAGGGAAAUGGUCACGGAGAAAAGAAAGGAAGAAAAGGCAAGUCAAAAGACAUCCAUUUUCUAUUUAUUGCCAUUAGCUCCGUUGCAAUUUAUUUAUAGCCUGUGGCUAUGUUGUAACUUUUGGUAAAUGCACAACAAAGUUAGUGGAAAUGGUUCCCUGAGUUUUGCAUAUUCUGUAUAUGAAACAGACCACAAAUCUGCAAAAGUUUCUUUCUGCAUAUUAUUCUUUUAAGUCAUUUAAUUCA